AUGACAAAAUUCAGAGGCUGCAUAGACAUUCAUUCCGGUCAAGUCAAGCAAAUCGUCGGAGGAACACUCACACAGGACGACACCACCCAUACAAACUCUACCACAACAAACUUUGUCCUGUCGUUUCCUUCAUCUCACUAUGCUGGUCUCUACCACGAUCACAACGUCACUGGAUGUCACGUUAUAAAGCUAGGAUCAAAUCCUGCCAAUGACGAAGCUGCGGAACUCGCAUUAAAGACCUGGCCUGGUGGGUUGCAAGUUGGUGGUGGGAUAAACUACGACAAUGCACUGGAAUGGUUGGACAAAGGUGCUUCCCAUGUCAUUGUCACUAGUUAUUUAUUUAGUAAAGUUGGCGAAGAUAUGGCUUUUGAUUGGGACAAGUUGAAGAAGGUGAGCGAAAAAGUGGGCAAAGAAAAUUUGAUUGUUGACUUGAGUUGCCGUACGGUAGUGAACCAAGGUGAAUCACAAUGGGUAGUGGCUAUGAAUAAAUGGCAGACACUCACCACUAGUGUAUUAUCAGAGACAUUCUUGAGUGAAGUAGGGGAAUAUUGCGACGAGUUUCUCAUACAUGCUGCCGAUGUAGAAGGACUCUGUCAAGGUAUUGACGAGACAUUGGUUGAGAAACUAGGUCAAUGGUGUCCCAGUGGAUUCGAAGGGAAAAUCGUAUAUGCUGGUGGUGCAAAGCUGGCCCAAGAUUUAGACGUAGUUAAACAAUUGAGUGGAGGUAAAGUUGAUUUGACUUAUGGUAGUGCAUUGGACAUCUUUGGGGGCAAGCUUGUAAAGUUUGAUGAUGUCGUUGCAUGGAACAAGAAUCAGAGUGCUACAUAG